UUGUUGUGUCAAGUGGGGUUAAUGUUUUUCGAGUAUAAACAAUACGGAAAUGGAAGUAACACAAGAAAACGAAUUAAGUGGUGGACAGUCAGAAGACGAAAACGAAAUGAAUACACUCAAUGUGCGCAAAGUUCGCAAAAACGUUAUUGAUAGUGACUCAGAAACUGAAGAUUUGGGUAAGAAGUCGCCCCCAGAACUGGCACAGCAUUUCGAUGACCAGGAAGAAACUCCCAAUACUGAAAUUACCAAAAAGAAGAAUUUGAAGAGAAUAACAAUGCUAAACAGCGAUUCAGAAGAAGAAAACUGUGGUGGCAAUAAUGAAUCAGUGAUAGAAGAAGAAGAAAUUUCGCCUCACAAUAAGAGUUUUCCAGAUGAAGCAACGGCAGUUGAGGCUCUAAUUUACACCACCAACAGUAAAGGAGAACUGAUCCAAGAAACUGCUACCACUAAUAUUAAAAAAUCGCGUUAUUCAUUAUACGAUUCUGAUAGCUCCGAGGAAGAAACAACCCAAAUUACUACUGAAGAUGUAGAAGAAACAGAAUUACAGCCUAGAGUUUAUAGGAAAUCAAGACGAAAUGAUGACAAGCCAAAAAAAAUGACGGCACAAGAAGCUGCGAAACAAAAAAUCGAGAUUCAGUCAGAAUCACAACGAAUGUUGCGCGAAUCUAACGUUAGUUUACCUUAUCACAAACCAAAAUCCUACAGUAUUAGAGAGUUUUUAGAAAAAAGGGCUAAGUUAGCUUCUGCCUUGCCACUAAUUCCCAAAGCGCCCCCUUCUGUGGCGAUAAAAAUGACAAAGGAUCAGUUGGAGCAAGUUUCAAAAAAAUUAGAUGAAAGAAUUAAGGAAGUUGAAGAAUUUUACAAGUCUGAUGAGAGUGAAGAAGAAGCAGAAGAAGAUGAUGCCAAAGAUGCAGCAAAAGAAAUUAGAAGCUGGCUUGAUUUCUUGAUUGAUAAAGCUGUAGACUCAGUUGAAAGUAAAAUGAUUGUUGAAGAGUGCAAUGGAGAAAGGAGUCAAGACCAAGAUAAGAAUCAUUCUUUAUUUGACCAGGAAGAACCAAUGGAAUGUUCACAUUCAGGUGACCAAAAUGAAGAAACAAAUCUCGAAAAUUCCGAAGUAUUGAAAGAAAUUGAAGAAGUGCCCAAAAAAGCCAACACUUUGGAGCUAUUGAAAGACAAGCUUAAUCUUCAACCUAGAUUAUCAGGCACUCCUGACGAUAUAAUUGAUCUAGAAGAAGGUGUUACAAAACCUAACGAAAUUAAAAAAUUAGUAGAAAAAUACCUUCAACAUACGGCGAAAAAAGUUUCACACAAACACAAAGUUUGUUUAGAUGUUCUUGGAGUCGGAAAAGAUGGUGAAAUUAUUAAAGAAACAGUUUCAAUGAAUGUGGAUGAUGAAGAAGAAGAGCACGCUUUAAUUGAAACUCCCGGAGCAAAAUUACAGAGACUGAGAGAAGAAUUACAAGUUCAAAUGACUAAAAAAAGGCUAGAAAUGUGGAAACAAAAACAGGACCAAGGCGAUAUUCUGCUCCCUGAGAAAAAAAUAACUGAUGAGGAUUCUAACACCGAAAAAGAUAUUUUAGAUGAUGAGGAAGAAGAAUUUGAAAUGACUGAAUCAGAGUCCGAAGAUGACGAAGGAGAUGAAGAGGAAUAUGAAUUAAAACCUGAGAAACCAAAAGCGAAAUCGGCUUUUCUUGACGAGGAGGCGGAAGAAGAUGACCCAGAAGAAAUAAAUGAAGACGACGAAGAAACGGGUAUGGAUAUUGUUGAAGAAAAUGAGGAAAUUGCUGAAGAAAAUGACGAAAACGACGCCGAUGAUGAAGCUAUAGAUAAUGAAGAUUUGGAAAGUCCCAGGAAGAAAGUCUUGAGAAGAAUUGUGAAACCCUUCACUGAAGAUUCAGAUGAUGAAGAAACUGAAUCUAGUCAGAAGGAUGAACCGGCGAAAAUUGUAAAAUAUUACACGACUGAUGACGAUGAUUUUUUGCCACCAAAUCUCCCACGUGUAAAUAUAACAACACCUCAGCGCCCCCAAAUCGAGAAAAAUAAAUCCGAAUUUGAAUUUUUAACGCCGGUGACUUACUUAACAGGCCUUCAAAACUUAAAUUCAGAUUCAAAGUCGAAAGAGUCUCCCAAAGAAUUAAAUUCUCCAUCACUGGAAUCUGAGAAAAGUAAUUCAUUUUCGGAAAAUUUUACAGAAUUACCGGAUACACAGGGCAAAAUUGAAGAAUUAGCCGAGUUGUGUUCUGGUAAAUUUCCUGAAACGCAAAAACUGGGGGAGGAGUUGCCCCCAACCACUCAGGAAUUAUUAAAUGUCUGUUCUGGUGAUUUUGGUAUCACUGACAAUGCCUCUCAGUUUGAGAAACCGCCCCCAGAAAAAAUUGUAAUUCACACAAACACCGAAAUUAAGAGUCUUGACGAAGACCAGGACCAAAUCAUUUCCCAAUUGCUCGAUGAAGACGAGUUUGAACGUUUUAAGAAAAAAUUCGAAUCGCCGAUCAAUCCAAUUGUUCGUAAAACCCAGCCUUUGGAGGAUGUUGAAGAAGUUAACGCCACAGGUCUCAUCAAUUCCGAUGACGAGAAUGAAGGACUUGAAGUUAAAAAGAAGAAAAGACAGAAGAAAUUAGUCUUCUCGGAUGAGGAAGAAGAUUCAGAUGAUACUGACCCUCAACCGGAAGAAGAAGAAAUCGACUUGCACGACAACGUCAUUGACGACGAAGAACAACAAUUGGAAAAUGAAGUGGCAGCACAAGAAUCGUCAAAUUUCAAACUGAAAGACUUCCUAGAUCAAGAAGCAGAAUUGUCGGAAUCUGAGUGGGGGAGUGCUGAUGAAGACGAGAAAGGUUUAGAUGAGUUAGACUUCGAAGAAGGAGAUGAAGAAAAAUUCAAUGAGAAGAAAAUGAGGACCGAAAUAGAGAGAAUUCACAUGCGCCAAAUGUUGGAUGAAGACAAUCGGGAAGUGAAAUUGCUCCAAGAAUUGUUACUAGAAGACGGCGAGUUACAUGGCACAGGGCGAAAAAGACAAUUCCGUUGGAAAACUCUUGAUUCACAAGACAACGGCGAGUUUGAUAAACGAGACGACGACGAUAUAUUUCUGGACGAAGAAGAAGAAAGUGAAGAACAUUUCAGAAAAAUGCGCCACAAGAGAGAAAUGUUUUUGAAGAAGAAAGUUGAUACGGAUGAUGAUGACUCUAUUUUAGGUGAUAGUCAAAUUUUAAAUCUAGGUCAAAAGAUGUUAAAAAUUAAAUCAUCAACGUCUCAAAGUAACACACCUGUUAACAAGGAAACUGAAGAACCGUUUGGUCUAUUAUUGAGCAAGAGAGGGUCGUUUUUAACCCGAAAAGACCAUGUUUUACAAAGACUAGCCGAGUAUAAUAAAGUAACAACAAGUAUAGGAAGUUCGGUAAAAAAUUCCAAAUGUUUUGUGUUCCAAACGGCAGAAACUAGCACAGUUAGGGUCAAUAAUAACAAAAGAAAAGCGGCCGAAAGUACGCCGAUUGCAAUCAAAAAGUUGCGACUCGAUGAUUUAAGCCCGGCUGUUGAUAAAAAAGGGAAAAACUCACGAGGGAAGAAAUUGUUUGGAAAUUGGUGAUAUUUCUUGUAUAAUUAUAGUUUAAAUAAAGUUUUCUUUUUCUUAAAAAAAUCGUUUAAUUAUCGUGA